AUGACGACCGCGACCUCCUCCGACCCCUCGCCGUCGUCCUCGUCCGCCGCCGGGCCGUCCCCGCUCUCGCUGCUCCGCCCGCACACGCACACGCACGGCCACGGCCACGGCCACAUGACGCCGCCGUCGCCGGCUUCGGCGCCGGCGCUCGUGGCCCCGCCACCGUCCCCGGCCUCCGCGCCCAGGGACUACCGCAAAGGCAACUGGACCCUCCAGGAGACGCUCAUCCUCAUCACGGCCAAGCGCCUGGACGACGACCGCCGCGCCGGCGGCGCCCAUGGCCACGGCCACGGGGUGCCUCCCGCCGCGGCGGGGUCGCCCACGACGCCGCGGUCGGCGGAGCAGCGGUGGAAGUGGGUGGAGAACUACUGCUGGAACCACGGCUGCCUCCGCAGCCAGAACCAGUGCAACGACAAGUGGGACAACCUCCUCCGCGACUACAAGAAAGUCCGCGACUACGAGUCCCGCGCCACCGCAACCGAGCCGGCCACCGCCGCCCCCGCCCCCGGCGCCACCAACAUACAGGGUCUCCCGUCCUACUGGGCCAUGGAGCGGCACGAGCGCAAGGACCGCAACCUCCCCACCAACCUGGCGCCCGAGGUGUUCGACGCGCUGACGGACGUGCUCUCGCGCCGCGCCGCGCGGCGAGGGGGCGCGGCGAUCGCGGCCGCACCGCCACCCCCGCUCGCGCUGCCUCCGCCACCGCCUCCUCCAUCGCCGCCGAAGCCCCUCCUCGUUCAGCCCCGCGCUCCACCGCCUCCUCCUCCUCCGCUGCCACUUCCGGCGGUGGCCGUGGCGCCGCCGGCGACGUCGGUUUCCGCGGAGGAGCUGACGGGGUCGUCGGAGUCCGGUGAGGACGGGUCGGACGGCGGCGAGCCGCAGCCGAAGCGGCGGCGGCUGAACCGGCUGGGGUCCAGCGUGGUGCGCAGCGCGACGGUGCUGGCGCGCACCCUGGUGGCGUGCGAGGAGAAGCGGGAGCGGCGGCACCGGGAGGUCCUGGAGCUGGAGGAGCGGCGGCUGCGGCUGGAGGAGGAGCGCACGGAGGUGCGGCGCCAGGGCUUCGCGGGCCUUGUCUCCGCCGUCAACAGCCUUUCCAGCGCCAUCCACGCGCUCGUCUCCGACCACCGCAGCGGCGACUCCGCCGCCCGGUAA